AUGUGGACACCCAGGACGGCGCAGGCUGCUCUGGUGCAGUUCCCCGCCAGCUCCCUGCACAACAAAUACUUCCUGGUGAGGGCUGGAGAGGGGGAGUCAGAGGCGGAGAACUACGUGCUGACUAACCCAGUGGCCAAAACCUCCAUGAGCUCCGGCCUCAGCCAGCGCGGCAAGGCACAGGUGGUGCGGGAGACUGCUCCGGCGUUACGGGCGAUGGGGGCGUGCGCGGCGGACUGCUGGUUGUGGCCCAGCAUCACUCAACGCUCCUACCAGACCGCAGAGAUCCUGGGCGCGCUUCUCGGCGUCGGCCGCUCGCGCAUCGUCCCCGAAUAUAGCUUCCUCGACCCCCGGGGUCUGGGAGCAUUGGAAGGCCUGACCUGGGAGUCUGCUCGCUUGCAAGUGAACACUGGCGACCAGUUGUCUCCAGAAUGGAGACCACCCAGGGGUACGGAUGGCACUCCAAACGAGAGCAUCUCGGACGUCCUAGUGCGUAUGUUGUUGUGCGCGGCGCAGGUGCUUUCAGUGAUGGAGACGCAGUACAGCGGCGCGAAUGUCAUCGUGGUGUCCCCGGACUCGGACAACCUGUCAGUGCUGCAGGCGGCGCUGCUGGGACUGGACCUGCGGCGUCAUGGCGACCUGGCGAUGCGGCCGGGGGAGGUUCGCGCCGUAGAACUGGCCGCUGAGGCGCCCGCUUACUACUCCGGCAAGGUCACAUGCGCGCGGCCGCCCAACUGCCUCUGA